UGGAGAUUUAUUAAUGAUACUAAAGACAGAAGAAUGUUAGUUUAUAAAUCCGAAGAUAUCAAGAAUGUUUCACGUUUGCAGUCUCCAAAAGUGUGUGGUUAUUUAAAAGUGGAUAAUGAAGAAUUGCUUCCAAAAGGGCUAGUAGACAGAGAGCCACCUGAAGAGCUUGUUCAUCGGGUGAAGAGAAGAGCUGAUCCUAAUCCCAUGAAGAACACGUGUAAAUUAUUGGUGGUAGCAGAUCAUCGCUUUUACAAAUACAUGGGCAGAGGGGAAGAGAGCACGACCACAAAUUACCUGAUAGAACUGAUUGACAGAGUUGAUGACAUCUACCGGAAUACUUCAUGGGACAACGCAGGCUUUAAAGGUUAUGGAAUACAGAUAGAACAGAUUCGCAUUCUCAAGUCUCCACAAGAGGUAAGACCUGGUGAAAAGCACUAUAAUAUGGCAAAAAGUUAUCCAAAUGAAGAAAAGGAUGCUUGGGAUGUGAAGAUGUUGCUAGAGGAAGCUGACCUGGUUACAACUCAUGAAUUGGGACACAAUUUUGGAGCAGAACAUGAUCCAGAUGGUCUAGCAGAAUGUGCCCCCAAUGAGGAUCAAGGAGGAAAAUAUGUUAUGUAUCCCAUAGCUGUGAGUGGUGAUCAUGAGAACAAUAAGAUGUUUUCAAACUGCAGUAAACAGUCAAUCUAUAAGACCAUUGAAAGUAAGGCCCAGGAGUGUUUUCAAGAACGCAGCAACAAGGUGUGUGGGAACUCUAGGGUGGACGAAGGAGAAGAGUGUGAUCCUGGCAUCAUGUACCUGAACAAUGACACUUGCUGCAACAGCAACUGCACAUUGAAACAAGGUGUCCAGUGCAGUGAUAGGAACAGUCCUUGCUGUAAAAACUGUCAGUUUGAGACUGCCCAGAAGAAGUGCCAGGAGGCUAUUAAUGCUACUUGCAAAGGCGUGUCUUACUGCACAGGUAAUAGCAGUGAGUGCCCUGCUCCGGGAAAUGCUGAAGAUGACACGGUUUGCUUGGAUCUCGGCAAGUGUAAGGAUGGGAAAUGCAUCCCCUUCUGCGAGAGGGAGCAGCAGCUGGAGUCGUGUGCGUGUAAUGAAACUGACAACUCGUGCAAGGUGUGCUGCAGGGACCCCUUGGGCCGCUGUGUGCCCUAUGUCGACGCUGAACAGAAGAACUUAUUUUUGAGGAAAGGCAAGCCCUGUACAGUAGGAUUUUGUGACAUGAGUGGAAAAUGUGAGAAACGAGUUCAGGAUGUAAUAGAGCGAUUAUGGGAUUUCAUUGAUCAGCUGAGCAUCAAUACUUUUGGGAAGUUCUUAGCAGACAACAUUGUAGGGUCCGUCCUGGUUUUCUCGUUGAUAUUUUGGAUCCCUUUCAGCAUUCUCGUCCAUUGUGUGGAUAAGAAAUUGGAUAAGCAAUAUGAAUCUCUGUCGCUGUUUCACCCCAGUAAUGUCGAAAUGCUAAGCAGCAUGGAUUCAGCAUCAGUUCGAAUUAUUAAACCCUUCCCUGCACCCCAGACUCCAGGACGCCUGCAGCUGCUGCAGCCCACUCCUGUGAUACCUCCGGUGCCUGCAGCUCCGAAACUGGACCACCAGAGAAUGGACACCAUCCAGGAAGACCCCAGCACGGACUCACAUAUGGACGAGGAUGGCUUUGAGAAGGACCCCUUUCCCAAUAGCAGCACAGCUGCCAAGUCGUUUGAGGAUCUCACAGACCAUCCAGUCACCAGAAGUGAAAAGGCCGCGUCCUUUAAACUGCAGCGUCAGAAUCGUGUUGACAGCAAAGAAACAGAGUGCUAGUUUAGGAAUUCACUUUCUAAGCUCUUUGACUUAAGUGUGCAAAAUAUUUUUUACAGAUUUGACCUAAAAUCAGAGCAUAUAUUUUGUGAAGAUUUGGGGGAAAUGAGGAAGUGACUUAGCAGAUGCUGGUCAUGUGUUUGAACUUCCUUCUCAUAAACAAUACUCGUGUGGAUAGGUCCUUUUCCUUUUGAAGAGGUAAGGUGAAUCUAGCUUACUUUGAGGCUUUCAGGUUUUAGUUUUUUUUUUGAUCUUUAAAAUAUCCUUCAACCUGUGGUGCAAAAGGAGAAAAUAUAGCUGGAUUAGGUUAUGAACUUCUACAUUUUUGUAAAUUAACUUUUUAUAUUAAUAACAGCACUGAUUAGGGAGGUGAUCAAUUUUUCUUUUUUAUACACUGUAAUGAUCCGCUGAAUAUAAAGAGGCAUUUAGCAGUUAUUUGUGAGGACAACUGGAACAGAGAAUAGAUUUAUUUAUUUAUUUGCCUUCAAGACAAAGUAGUGAGAGAAACCUAGUUAUAUAUUAUCUCCAAAACGUGGGUCUGUUUCUAGGUAUUACCCAGAGCUUUUAGCAGCAGGGAGAACUAUACAAGUAAACUUAGAAAUUAUUUGGGUUAAUAUGUUUCUUCAUAAUCCUAAGGCUAGUACUUUCUAGAAUUAAACAAUCUAGAUUCUAGUAAAGGUUACAAAUAGUAGCCAGUUGAACUUAUAGAAUCCUGCUAACUGUUCAGGGCCCCAAUUUGCUGGGCAGUUUUUCUGUGCUUUUAAGUAUCUUCACAUAUGCCUAAUACUGUUGCUAUGCUCUUAAAAAGUUCUCUAUCCACAGAACAUAAACGACUUCAAAGUAUAAGAAAGAGGUAUGGUUGCCUGUUUUCAAAAGCUAGUGGAUAAGAAGGUGAGAUAUUUCUUACCAAAAGAAGAGGUCGUUCUGAGUAGGCAGAUGGGCUGGUCAGGACGGGGAGUGGUGCCUGCCCUUGGGGCUGGGGAUGAGCCCUAGACGAACUGACACUUCAGAAACCCUUUAUAUUGGCCCACAGUGGGUAUAUUCUUGCUUUGGUGCUUCAGGAUUCUGGAUGAUCUGCAUUUACUGUGUGAAGGAUAAAAAUCAUCAGCCUGAAUAAUGAUUUCCAUAAAAUUAUAGUUAAAAGCUUUUUUUUCUAAGAACUAAUGUGCUCACCAGCCAACACAUUUUAACUGAGGUGACUUGUAAACUUUGAGGGCAAUUAACCAAACCUGUGACAAAUCAUGCCCCCCCCCCCCCCAUGUUUGUUACGCGGAUACUCAUUACACUAAUACUUGAACUUGUACCUUAUGGUAUUUGCUAUCUUUUAACUAGUCACGAUAUUCUUAUAUGUUACACUUCUAGAAUUUGAUAUAAGGUGAGUGGGGUGUGUGGGUGUAUGUAUGAAAGUGAAACAGUUCUCAGAAUGUAAGAAAACCAUUUUUUAUAAAAUUGUGACUUUUUAAAAAAAA